AUGGAGGGAAUCACCAUUAGACACUGGAUAGAAACCCCAGUGAGGUACCAGGAGAUAUUUGAUGGGAAGAACCUUGAAGAUUUCACACUGGAUCAUUUUCUUUAUGCUUUGCCUGGACCUCAGUGCCCUGAAUAUCCAGAGAAGGAAAGGAAAGUAGGAGCCGAAGAUUCUGAACCCUUGGAGAUCCUGCUGGAUGUGGUCCAGUUUCAGCCAGAAGACAUCAUCAUUCAGAUAUUUGAAGGAUGGCUCAUAGUCAAGGCUGAACACGGGAGAAGAAUGGAUGAACAUGGAUUUAUUUCAAGGAGCUUCAUGAGAACAUAUAAACUACCGAAUGGCAUUGAGUUAAAAGACUUAUCUGCUGUCUUCUGCCAUGAUGGAGUUUUGGCUAUUCGGAUAUGA